AUGGCUGCAAGGGUCUUUUCCAGAUACAACUCCAAAUCAGCUCUUGCGGAGCGAUUCCAGCAAAUUCUCGAUGAAAAAAUCACAUCUGCACCCUCCUCAAUCAUAGAUCAGGACCCAAAGCUUCGACAACUCUAUGCCCAGUAUUCCAAGGACAGUGCUGAAAAACAGUAUCAGCAAAAGUACCAGAAGGAGUUGGCGUAUGUGAAGAGUGAGAAUCUUCUUCGAACAAAAGAAGCUCGUGAACUCGCCGAUACCAUAACCAAUCCGCCAUGGAAAGGAACAGAGAGGGUAGGAGACACGGCACUUCGUAUGCUAGUGGAUAGUGCACCAAAGGCAAAAGCCAUGCCUAUGCAAAAGACAAUCAUCACGCCACCCGUUCCCACAAAAGAACGAGUUGCUAAUGCCAGGGAGUCCAGCUUGGAUUAUAAGGUUUCGAAAUUCAAGACACCCGAAGAAAAAGAGAAGGACGAGUUUCGGGAGAUGUACAAGGAGCGAUUGAUGGGACCAUCAAUGUUCAUCGAUGCAAAUUCGCCACGAGCAACACUAGGAAUGAUUGCGACGUUGGCAGAUGCCCGAAUCAACGCCAAAAUAGACCACAAAAGCGGAAAGUUCAACACUCCAGAUAUGGACUCCGUAAGAGGAAAGCCCUUGGAUCGCCAGAGAUUAGCCAAUAGCACAGACACAAAUUUCUUCGUUAUUGAGAUUCUAAAUUCACAGGAAUGCCUUCCGCCGUGGAUCGACAGUCAGCAAGGAGUAGAGAGGGAAAAGCAAGUGUUCCGUCUCGAGAUGCAAAAAAAGUGGUUCAACGUGAUCAUCUCUCGUCUACUGAAGAAGCAUGGCUCGCUGAAAACCGAUCUUCUCCCUGUCGUGGGCCCUGAUAGUGCUGAACUAUCCAAAGACUUGUACCUUCCAGCCUUUCUCAACGCCAACCAGUCGUACAUCACAGCGAAAGUGGCGGAUUUGAACAAAGGCAUUCGCAAUUAUAACCUACAAUGCCCCUCCACCAGUUUGCACAAAUGGAAGUUGACCGUCGAGAAGGAGAUUGACCUUCUGUUCGAUACGGUUGUUCGUAACAUUACUGCAUUGGUUGAUGAGUGGGUCGAACGACAGAACAGCAUCAGACGUAUCAACCCAGCUGAUAGUGGUGCAGGCAGCUCCAUGCUUGGUCUUUUUGAGCUGUAA